UCAACCAACCGCUAAUUGCCACAAUAAUUUAUAACAAAAUUAUUAGUAUUUUUUGAUAAAACAGUCUUUUAAAUUAAAAUAUUAUUAUUAGUAACAACAAAUCUGAUGGAGUUUGAUUGAGCCUUCUUUUUAAGUUAAACAGCAAAGUCCAGCUACAACAAGAAAAAGCAGAACAUAUAUAGAAGAAGAAGAAGAAGAAGAAGAAGAAGAAAGACAAUCUUUUUGUUUUGUGUGAAAGUGAAGAUGGGUUCUCAUGUCUCAAAACAAGUUGAAAGAAGAAAAACAAUCCACACCGAGAAGAAAAUUCUAUCCGAUCUUAAAACCUCAGGAGAAGACUACCCUGGUUCUGAAUACCGUCCUUCUGAUAGAAAAAACUGGAUGAAUGAUCUCAACCCAGAUAAAGUUCACAUCAAUCAAAUUGUAUGGCCAGGAACACAUGAUUCUGCAACUAACAAGAUUGGAGUCCCACUCAUCACUCGCCCUUUUGCUCAAUGUCAAUCUUUGUCCAUCUAUCAACAACUUGCAAGAGGUACACGUCUCAUUGACAUUCGUGUACAACAAGACCGACGUGUGUGUCAUGGAAUUCUUCUUACUUACAACAUCGAUGUUGUCAUCAACGAUGUUAAAAAGUUUCUGUCGGAAACAAACUCUGAGAUUAUUAUUCUUGAGAUUAGAACAGAGUUUGGUCACGAUGAUCCACCUGAAUUUGAUAAGUACUUGGAGGAACAAUUAGGUGAGUUUUUGAUUCAUCAAGAUGAUCAUGUUUUUGGUAAAACUAUUGCAGAGUUGUUACCUAAGAGGAUUAUAUGUGUUUGGAAGCCCAGAAAAUCGGCACAUCCAAAAGCAGGGAGUUCUCUAUGGAGUGAAGGGUUUUUGAAGGAUAAUUGGAUUAACACGGAUCUGCCAUCAACCAAAUUUGAUGGUAAUUUGAAGCAUUUGAGUGAACAACCACCAGUUACGUCGAGGAAAUACUUUUAUAGGGUGGAGAAUACGGUUACUCCGGUGGCUGAUAAUCCUGUUUUGUGUGUUAAACCUGUUACUAGACGUAUUCAUGGAUAUGCUAGGCUAUUCAUUGCUCAGUGUUUUGCUAAGGGAUAUGCAGAUAGGAUUCAGGUAUUUUCAACUGAUUUUAUUGAUGAGGAUUUUGUUGAUGCAUGUGUUGGACUCACUUAUGCAAGGGUUGAAGGAAAAGUCUGAAUUCAUUCAUUCAUUCUGCUACAUGUUUGUUCUUUUAUUGUUAAUAAUAAUUGUUGGUUGACAAUGUUUUGCUGCUACUUUCUUCAAUUAAUUAUUUAUUUGUAUAUCAUCAUAUAGAAAUUAGUUGAUGCGGUACGAGCAAUCUGUGAUUUUGUUCUGUUGUUGUAUUUUUUUAUUUGUUUGUUUUUGUAAAUGUGUGGAACUGUGGAUUUGAUUGUAAAUUCCAAACUACACCAUGUGCUGUUCUGUUAUCUUAAAUAAAUUCAGAAAAAUCUUAGUUGUAUUGUACAGGA